UCUAGACAGUCCUUGGUUUUCAGAGCUUACCGUAAAGAAUCCAAGUCCAGGAUAAGCUAAAUUAAUUGAAUUAAUAACUUUUCCCAUGCUGUGAAAGUUCUCCAUGGCUGAGGUAUUUCUACACAAGGCACUCCUGAGUAGGACGGAACAUUAGAGGUGUAACAGAUUGUGGCUGGUAUAGAGAACACCAAUACAUCCUGCCUCUACACCAGCUCUUGCAAUACAAAAACAUCAAAGGGGGGGGACACAUCAAAUGUUGCUCACAGGAGCUAAGCCCCAAAAUGAAAUCAGGUGGUUCAUCUGUCAGUAGGUAUUGUGGGAUUCCUUGACAAAGGAUUUAGAAGCAAAAGAAUUUCAAAGAGACACUGGAGAAGGAUUGAAGGAGAGAGCUGUUCAGGUUUACCAACAGACAGAGCACACUAGGUCAAAGGAAUCCCCCAAACCAGCAGUAACUGGAGGCAGAGAGCUCUUGGUAGAGAAUUCUCCAGCAUGUCUUCCCUAACAGAAAAGGACAGACCAAUUGUUCAGCUGUUACUGAACACUGGCACUUGCCCACGGUGUAUUUUGAGGUUCUGCAGCGUGGGAUCACAGAUGCUUUAUAGACAUUCAUACAAGGAUUUGAUGAAGGUUUUAAAAGAAUUUCUGAAAAAUAAUCAAGAAAAAGAAGAUACAGUUUGUUUUGAUGUAGCUGACCCUCCUUGUAAGAGAAUCAGACUUGAACACCCAGAAGAAGGGCCUGAGGAUCUGAACCACAAUGGAGCACUCCAGCAGAUUCCUUGCGUUGAUGAUGAAAAUACUGCAAUGGAAAACUCAGCUGUGAAGGCUUGCAAUGUGUGUUUGGGAAUUCUUCAGGAGUUCUGUGAGACCGACUUUGUUAAAAAGGUGUGUCAAAAGGUUAAUUCUGCUGAUUACCAGUUCACUAGUUUUGUAUUUUCUGUGUCACUGCCCCCACAGCUGUCUGUAAGGGAGCGUGCUGCUUGGCUGGUGUUAAAACAGGAAAUGAGAAAUCUGGGCCUUUCCUUGGCAAAGGAUGACAUUGUUCAGCUGAAAGAAGCUUAUAAGUGGAUUAUUCAUCCCCAGUUGUCUGAAGAGUUGGGUGUUCCUGCUGAUGGAAAGAGUUUGUUUGAAGUUAGUGUGGUCUUCGCUCACCCAGAAACAGAUGAGGAGUGCCAUUUCCUAGCCACAGCCUGUCCAGACUGUUUCAAACCAGCAAAGAACAAACAGUCUGUUUUCACUAGAAUGGCAGUUAUAAAAGCCCUAGAGAAGAUAAAAGAAGAGGAUUUUCUCAAGCAUUUUCCAUGUCCCCCAAGUUCACCAAAGAACCUCUGUGUUGCUCUGGAAAUUCAGUGCAAUAAUGGUGCAGUUUUUGUGGCUGGAAGAUACAACAAAUACUCAAGGAAUUUACCUCAGACUCCCUGGAUUAUUGAUGGGGAGCGGAAGCUGGAAUCCUCAGUGGAAGAGCUGAUUUCAGAGCAUCUAAUGGCAGAAUUCAAAGCAGAUAGCUUUAAUUUUUCUUCCUCUGGAAGAGAAGAUGUGGAUGUAAGAACACUAGGCAAUGGAAGGCCCUUUGCAAUUGAGCUUGUGAAUCCUCGUAGAAUACAUUUUACUGCUGAGGAAAUGAAGAGACUUCAGCAGACAAUUAAUACCUCUUCAGACAAAAUACAGGUUCGAGAUUUACAGCUUGUCACCAGAGAGGCAAUUGGUCGUAUGAAAGAAGGUGAAGAGGAAAAGACAAAGACCUACAGUGCCUUAAUAUGGACAGACAAAGCAAUACAGAAAGAAGAUAUUGCAUUUCUAGAUGAUAUCAAGGAGUUAAAACUUGACCAGAAGACACCUCUGCGGGUUCUUCACAGGAGGCCUCUCGCUGUAAGAUGUCGCAUCAUUCACACCAUGAGAUCUGAGUACAUAGAUGAGCAUCAUUUUCGCCUGCACCUGAAGACUCAGGCAGGAACCUACAUUAAAGAAUUUGUGCAUGGAGACUUUGGGAGAACAAAGCCCAAUAUUGGCUCCCUGCUGAACAGAACUGCUGACAUUCUGGAGCUGGAUGUAGAAUCUGUUGAUGUUGACUGGCCUCCAACCUUGGAUAAUUAACUUUUCAAGUUGGGACGAGGAAGAAGCAGCUCCGCUGUCAGCAGCUGGUUACUGAGCACUGUACAGUAUUAGAGCUCGGUUGCAAAGUGAUUUCUGUUGAACAUUUGGAUCAUGUUGAUCUGCCAAAGGAUACUGUUACUUUGAAUCAACUUUAAACACUCUGAAUAGGUAGUGUUGGUUCAAUCUCUCGCCUUAUUUUAAUCUCCUCUGUGGAUAAAAGGAUUUUGGUAAGCUACUGUAUUGAUAUUAAGUCUUUUUAAAACAAUUAAGGAAAACAGUGUAACGUACAAAGGGGGUACUCAGCAAGUACAUCAAAUAGACAUUCUGCAGUAGAUUAAAAUGUUUUAAUUAAAACCAACCCUCCCUCAA